CCUAUCAUUGCGCCCCGUCCCCUCCAAGCCUAUUCAUUCAUUUUUCCCCAUUUUCUCUCUUGCUCGAACUAAGCAAGUGCUUUGUCUUUGUCUCCUUUCGGGUUAUCGCAGUUGAAAUGGGUCAGAUUCAGUAUUCGGAGAAGUACUUCGAUGACACUUUCGAGUAUAGGCAUGUUGUUCUCCCACCUGAAGUGGCGAAACUCCUCCCCAAGAAUCGGCUUCUUUCUGAAAAUGAGUGGAGGGCCAUUGGAGUUCAGCAGAGCCGUGGAUGGGUCCACUAUGCUAUUCAUCGACCAGAGCCACACAUCAUGCUUUUCAGGAGACCACUGAAUUAUCAGCAGCAGCAAGAGAACCAGGCUCAGUUAAACCUGAUUGCCAAGUGAAAAUUUGAAUCUUGUAUAUCAGCCAAUGAUUCUCUCUGCAGAUUGUCACCAUCAUCUUUCAUUUCCUCUAGAAAUGAAACAUGAUUUUAUAUUAAAGAUUCUAUGUUAUUGUGCUGUUGAGAAUCUUCCUGCUAUAAUGGUUAUGGUGUUAAGUUGUCCAGAGUGCAUAAAUGAUAUAUCACUGUUGGUUGAUAUUUAUAUGAAAGUCUCAUCUUUUCUAUUUUAUAA